AUGUCCGAAGAAACAGCGCAAAAGAUAAACCAAGUCUUAAACGACUUUGGUAGAGCUCCUCUCCACAAUACGCCCCUUGAGAACUCCCUAGAUGCCAGCCCAGGAAUAAUUCUAGCAAUGGCGAUGGAUGCUCUAGUCAAAGCACGACCAAUCUCACACGAAUUGACACAGCGAACCAUCAAAGCGCUCAUCGACGCCGGCUACCAUGACAUCGACACACUAUCAAACAGCUCGUGGGAUGAUCGAGUGGCUGUUCUGGCAGAUGGGGGAUACAACCGCUAUCGUGAGCAAUGCGCUACGAAUCUUGGAGAAUUGGCGGAGCUCAUUUUGAAUAAAUAUGGUCAGCAUUUAUCCCUGGAUGCAGCUUCAUCAAGUGGUGCAGUAUUAUGCCAGAAUGUUUCUAACAUGGCUUCAGAUGGAGAUCUUAAUAACCUUUUGUAUCAAGCGGAUUUUAACAGAGAUGAAGCUGGAGUCCUCAUGAAAGAAAUCAAGGGGAUGGGGGAUCUGGCUGUGGAGGUUUUCUUCAAUAAUGUGCAAUCUGUUUGGCCGUGUAUUGCUCCUUUUGUUGAUUCGCGGAGUUUGAAAACUGCUAUCGAUGUCGGAAUUGGGGAUGACUUAGAUCACAUUUAUCAGACUUUGCAGAAGGAUCCGGUGCGAAUGAGUUGGUUUGCUAAUGGCCUUUCUGAAGUUAGAUUGCAGAAAAAGCAAGAUGUGAUUUAG